AUGACAAAGCCAAAAAAAAAUCAUAUUAACAAAGAUCGGUUAAAAAAUAUUACAACUAAACCCAGAACCAGAGAUCUUGAAUUAGAAGAGCUUCUAAAGUUUAAAACAAUUAUUCAAGAUAAAGACAGACCUGCUGAAAGUUUACUAGAAUCUAAGUACAAAAGUGAAUUCAUUGGUGAUUUUUUUAACAAUAGCUCAUCUGGAGAUGAUAUAGUGGCUGGUCAGGAUGAAACAGAGUCAGAGGAAUCUGAACCAGAUGAGGAUGUUUUAAUAAAUAGUAGUCAAGAAUCAAGCGAUUCUGAUUAUGAUGAUCUUGAAGACCAUAAAUUUUCUAGUUCAGACAUUGAACUAGAUGACUCUUGGAUACUGUUAUAG